CUUGAAGUCGACUCGUUCACGCACCACUCCAUCUCUCGUGUCAGACCCCAUUAUCAACUAUUCUUUCACCAUGGCGGACGCUCAGAAGCGAAUGCAAGCUCUCUCGGAGGAGUUCCAGAAGCUCCAGACCGACAUGCAAGGUCUGGUCGAUGCCCGCCAGAAGCUCGAAUCGCAGCAACAGGAGAACGAAGGAGUCCAGAAGGAGUUCGACUCGCUGGACGACGAAUCCAACAUCUACAAGCUCGUCGGGCCCGUUCUGCUGAAGCAGGAUAAGAGCGAGGCGGUCAUGGCUGUCAAGGGACGGUUAGAGUUCAUCGACAAGGAGAUUAAACGGAUUGAGGGGCAGAUCAAGGAAAACGAGGACCAGAGUGACAGCAAGCGCGCGGAGGUUCUCCAAUUGCAGAGCCAGGCGCAGCAGGCUGCAGCGGCUUCUGCCUCUGCUUGAGCAGAUCACAUACUACCUAGCUCUGCCAGACGAGAUGGCCCUGCGUGUCCGACCAAGGUAAUGUCCAUGGGUCUCGGGAGUGCGGAGGUUGCGGGUUGAUUCCCUGAUCAAGAGAAGCUUCAACCUCGGAUUCGUAGCUCCCCGAGCAUCAUUGAGCGUGAAGUGGCCAGGUCCUGGACAGGCGGGAAGGAGUCACAGUGCAGUUCGAAAUAACCGUUUCGAAAGACCCAUACAAGUGAAUUGGUCUGCUGAGAUAUAGGAGUGGAGGAUUGGUGGUCCUGAGGUGGAAAGGUUCGUGAUGAUAAAAUAUUAGACGACGUCAAGUCAUUGAAGCGAACAACUUGCCUUUACCAUGACUUGUUCAAGGCGAUACCCC